GUUGCCAAUUUCGUAACAUUUUUACGCUGCGGACUUCGGCCAGUGUUUCUGUUUUGGAACAGAUUUCCAAAAACAAAAUUAUUCCGCGUAUUUCCUUAUCCAGACCGCCUUAUCUUUACUGAUAACGAACAAAAUCGAAUCCAUUGUGCGAUUUCGUAUUAGAGGUGAAUUGCGCUUGCAAUUGGUGGUUAUGAGUUUGCACGAGUCUUAACCCCGCACUCGUCGAAUCGCUAAUCGUCGUUCUAGAAGUCGCUGCUCGAAAAUAACAGAACACUAAUAUACCAAGAUGCCAAUCAAUACUCGCGAGCUGAUGGAAGCGGUCGGAACCCUCACGGAUAAGGAAGGCAUGCGGGUAACGCUCAAGAGCAGCAUGAAGGGCGCGGCGGUUUGCGGUGCUAGUUGCUUCGUCGGGGGUUUGGUGGCCGGUCCGGUUGGGUUGGCCGUGGGUGGAACCAUCGGGGCCAUCAGCGCCGGGUACAUGAGCCGCGGCAAGUUCCGCCCGGUGAGCCACAUCAUCCUGCACGAGAUGUCCGAGCGGGAGCGGGAGAAAUUGAAAGACCACCUCGUGGCCGCUUUGGCCGAGUUCCAUCCGACGGACGUGGCCAUGCUGUUGCCCCUGCUGAUGGGGAAUGCGGCCGCCCAGAGGGCAGUGCUCAGCACGGUCGCGUCCUUCAUUACCAACGAAAUGCGGAUGCAGAUUAUCGAUUGACGGCGAAUAAAACGGUGCUUCUCUAAAGGUGCGAAGGUAAAAACACUACUUUUUUGUGAUAGAAUAAUAACUAAUCAAUGUUAUAAACCAAAUUACGACUUGUGGAUGAUUGCGUUGAGCGGACUUUUGUAACGAAUAAAACGGUGUCUGAGGAUUGUUUUUAAGAA